CCUCUCUGCGUUUCCUUAGCAGCGUGCUAGCUGCUAGCCAGUUAGCGUGCAUGGAUGCGGUGCCCAUGAGUAGUUUCAGAUAUGAUGAGCGGUAGGACGAGCGCGGUAAUUGCCGGCGUGUGCGGAGCCCUUUUCAUCGCAUACUGUAUUUAUUUUGAUAGAAAGCGGCGGAGUGACCCUCGCUUCAAGGAAAAGCUACGUGAACGUAGAAGAAAGCAAAAUGCUUCUAGUCAGAAGUCUGGACUGGCAAAGCUACCUGACAUGAAGGACGCGGAAGCUGUUCAGAAAUUCUUUCUGGAGGAAAUCCAGCUGGGAGAGGAGCUCCUGUCACAAGGUCAAUUCGAGAGCGGUGUAGACCACCUGACCAAUGCGAUUGCAGUAUGCGGUCAACCUCAGCAGCUGCUUCAGGUACUCCAGCAGACGCUGCCACCUCCAGUUUUCCAAAUGCUGCUCACCAAACUGCCCAGCAUCAGCCAGCGAAUCAUCAGUUCUCAGUCUUUAACAGAAGAUGAUGUUGAAUGAAACUGAUUGUGUGUGAAAUGGAAACAUGCAGUCACUAUUCCGCAAAGGGAUUUGAGGCACUGUUAUAUGUGCACAUUUUUGGUAUGUGUGACUGCAGUUGCGAGCCUGAUUGUGACAGAGCUUGAUCUUUGGACGUCAGAUGACAAUAAUCGCCCUCUAUCAUGGCGGUCUGAGGUUAAGAACUUGCUCGAGCUGGCGUUUCUGGGAAACGUUUAAACACAUUCCAUCUUUCUAAUCUUCUUCCCACCAGAUCUCAUGUAUUCUGGCCAUCAGUUUAUUCUAUGUAUUUCCCUCAAGUAAUGAUGCGUUAUGUUUUGGGGGGGGGGGGUUAUGUCCUAAAAAAAUCCCAACAAAGGUAUUCAAAUGUUUAUUUACAUAUUGCUGCACAGUGAUAGACAUGUGAAAUGUGUGUCUACACUUAACAGAACACUUGUUUGUGGAGUAUUGUCGAGUUUUCUGAAAUUUCUUUUCAGUGUUUAUUUAAAUGUUGUUUUUAUAUUCUGGUCUUUCAUAUCUGAAUGUAUGUUUGUGUGUAACAAAAAAUAAAUAAUGAAAACAC